CGGGACAAUCUUCCUUUAGAGACACAAAUACGGGACAAUCUUCCUUUAGAGACACAAAUACGGGACAAUCUUCCUUUAGAGACACAAACACGGGACAAUAUUCUUUAAGAGACACAAAUACGGCACAAUCCUCUCAAGACGGAGCAAAUAUGGGGCAACCUUCGUUCAGAGAAACAGCAAACCGUGCACAAUCUUCAUUUAGAGAAACAAACACAGGCCUGUCUGGGUCUUCUGCUAUAACUCAGCAGACUCCACAAAACCAACCCUCCACAGUACCUCGGGAAGAAAGCCUAACCUUGUUCAACGCGUUAAGCAACUCCAGUCCUCUAACACUUGUAACAAACCCAGAACUUACCCCAACAACUAAUCAACUCAGUCAAAACGUAAAUGUCAAUGGAAGAUUACCUUCUGCAGCUGCCCCUGCCGACCAACCAUCAUCUGCAACCCAGACAUUUCUCAAAAACCCACCACCACCGGUCAACCGUCAAGUACCCACCAACCGUCAAGUACCCACCAACCGUCAAUUACCCACCAACCCUCAAUUACCCACCAAUCCACAAUUUCCAACCAACGCACAAUUUCCCACCAACGCACAAUUUCCCACCAACCCUCAAUUACCCACCAACCCACAAUUACCCACCAACCCACAAUUACCCACCAAUCCACAAUUACCCACCAACGCACAAUUACCCACCAACCCACAAUUUCCCACCAAACCACAUGUACCCACCAACUCACCAUCUCCCAUGAACCAACGUCUUCCUGCCACACCGUCAUUCCCAACAACCCAGCCACUACCCGCCACAUUCAACAUGACCAAAUUCAACUUGAUGUUAUCCAAAUUCCAGCGUCAGUUAUCCUCAUCUAGAGCCGCGCCUACACAAAAACCUGCCACACCCCAACCAGCCCCCGUCGCCCAAACACCUCCAUCCUACACCCUCCCUGUAUCCCCACAAACCCAGAUCCCUAACCCAAACGAAGCCCUCAUGACGUCACUCAUGAACCAGUUCGCGGCUCUCCAGGCCCUCCAGAGGUAUCGGUUUGCCGCGAACCAGCACGCCUUGACCCCUCAUGACCUUGCUAUGACGUCACAGCAGAACCCGUUCGCGGGUCUCAUGACAGCCUCAAAUCUCAACCCCCUUCAGGCUUCUAUGAUGUCCCCCAACACCCAGAACACAAACCGUCAUCAGACCUCGCCCCUCGCUGGUGGGGUUCCCCCCGUGAUGAGCAGUACCCUGCAACAAGCAGCACUCACCCCCGCCUCCAACACUCUUCUAAGUUACCAAAACUCUGUAGAUGCUUCAACAGCCGCUCACACUAUUCCUAACCUAGGACAUAGCCCCGCUUCCAACACUGCUCAACUUUACCAAAACUCUGUAGCUGCCUCAACAGCUGGCGGUGUUGUCCCUAGCCCAGCAAAAACUCCCGGAUCAAAUACAUUUCCCCAACCUUAUAACUGGAAUAGUGUACAAAGUAAUCUAACGCCGCAUCCAGUAAAUCAACACACCGCACUUAAUCUGAACAUUGGCACCGCGGCCAAAAUCCCGACUCCACCGAUGAGUUUGUCCGUUCCUGCGGGCGCCGUUCCGCCUAACGCUUUCCACACCACACAAACCCAAACCCAAACACAAACACAAACACAAACACAAAUGCCGCACUCACAGCCCAGAGUUUACCCCAACAAUCUCCCGUACCCAAAAGUUCUCGCCACCCUCAGGAGUGUCAUGAACAACGAAACACAUACGUUAAGCAGCUCAAACGUUGGUCAGAAUCUCCACACAAACGCGACUCACAAAACACUGGAACGACUUUUGCGGCAAAUUCAAUUAAGAUACGACGCGCCCUUAAUAGGUGCGUUAACGCCUCAAAACGUAAAAAACAUGGCCAAGAAGUUGAUCGAGAUUGGCGUCAAAGUCCCGCCAAAACGCAGCAACCCUGGGGCCGGCCUUUACACGGUGGAGGAGAUGUUGCAGGACAUGGUCAGAGUGAUGAUGGAGACCUACUCAUCUUUCCCCCAAGCCAACCCAGCCCAUGCGUCUAACGGUGUCCUUGACCUCAACAACCACUCUGCCCCCUCCCUCAGUAACAUCACUCAACUACCCACUACUUGGACCGGCUACCACACCAACCACACAGGCUGGAACACCCACCUACAUCUCGGUACAGGAAAUGCCCAGAGGUCACUGACCAUCAACUAUAGCACCCCCACCCUACCCCAACCUAUAGCCCACCCCUUCCAAACAAGGACUACUCCGGGAUUUUUUCCUCAACCGCCCUACUCUCCCUCAGGACUGUACCCUCACCCUUACCAGUACACCACACCCUCCCCUCUGUUAUAUAACCUCACGUCUAACAUAGGCAACUAUAGCAAUAACAACAAUUACCAUCACAAUAAUCACUCUUUACUUCAUUUGAUUUCCUCGUCCUCCUCCUCUCAAUCCUCCUCUUUCUCGCCAACAAUCAACUUCACAGAUCCCAGAUACGACUCUAUAAACAUCACCCACCUCUCUCAAUCUCUCUCCAAUCAGACAGAAGGGCGACAUAUCGGAAAAGCCUAUGACACAGUGGCAAAAAUUUUCAACAUGACGGCGUCGGAGCUCAGAGGACUUUUAGAGGCCCGCGCGUCGGGACAACCCCUCUCUUCAUCCUCAUCACCAUCCUCCUCCUCAUCCUCAUCCUCUUCCUCCUCCUCCUCAUCAUCAUCGUUAUCAUCGUCAUCGUCGUCGUCUGCAAAAGCCCCCCAGACCACACCACCUACAGAGUGGACAGCGCCCGACACCCCAGAGCCUCCUGAAACCCCUGAGCCCGGCGAGUUCCCGUACUUCCCCUACCACUACACCAGGUCGGGCGACUCGCCACUCUACCAUCGCCAACGCCAUCACCACCGCUACAACAACAACCAUCACUACCACCACUCAGCACACAACCGCGGCAUCAGCCCUGAAUUCCAAAGAGCAUUGUACAAUUUUUUCGGAUUUUCUACAUAGGAGUUAACCGAAGCCCAGGCUGAGUUCAACGAACAACGAGAGAGUAUGAUUGGCUGAUUUUGCAAAGGAAGUGACGUCACUGCGCUGGGAGCUCUUCCUGUUUCGCGGCUGCUCUUCAAAAAGGCAUCCUCGUUCAAAUGUUGUGUGCAUAAGGUUAUAAUGAUUAUGAGAUUUGUACAAAGAUGAGAGAGUCAAAAGAUUAUAGUACAUUCCCAAAGGUCUAAUAAAGUUA